AUGAUUAAUGAAUUUGAAGAAAAUUUUACUGAAGAAGUUGAUCUCGAUGAUAUAUCAGAUUCAGAUAAUGAAAGCCAGCAAAGUAAUGAUAAUUAUGUUGAUAAAAAGAAUGUAAAUUCUUAUUUACAAAAUCCAAAAGUGUGUAAAGGCAGAGGUUGUCCACCGGGCACUAAAAGACUCAAGUCGUCUCAUGAAGUUGUCAAGCCCAAAACAAAGCAACAACAUCAAUGUAAAAAAUGCGAAAAUGUUGGGCAUUAUCAAAAAAAUUGCAAGGAAAUGUGUGAAUAA